GUCGGAAUUGUUUUGCUGCCUCCCGACAUGCAAGCGAACUGGAAACUAUAGAAGAGAUUUCCGCACGUUUCGCUUUGUUUCUUCGUUACACUUUUUCUGGCUAUUGAGAUCAUAUUAUAUAUAUAUUAUUGAUUAUUAACGAUGGAGGAUCCCAAAGAUUUAAAAUUGGGUUUCACGUUGAAAGAAUUGACAUUUUCCGGUUCCAACGAACGAGAUAUUGUGCCUGGAAACUCGUCGACACUCGAGCUGCGGGACAAUAAACUGGUAUGCGUGGAGUAUCCAGCACUCGUUUCCAGAGUGGACAAGAUGCUCGAGACUCUUGGCGGUGAAAAAACUGUGUCUGAUACCUUCACUCAACCGAAUCUGCGGCUCGAGCUGCGCUACCGACCCCAGGACCCUUUUUGUCAUGCUCUGUGCGGAAACCGCUUCUCGUCCAGCAACCUUCUCCUCCGUGUGCGAAGAAGAGUCAGGAAAAGAGACUCCAAAGUUGCUGAGAUCAAAAUGGAAAUACUGGGAGUUAUUGGAACAACAUACAAAUUUCAAGGGAUGGCAGACUAUCAGUGCCUUGCUGUGCAUUGUCAAGAUGGAAAGCACACAUCAUUGUAUGACAAAAUCAUCCUUCGGAAAACAGAGAAGCAAGAGUUUUUUAAGCAGCCCAUGCCGUAUUUCCUUCCUCCGGCCAUCUUCUCACGUCUCGACAGUCCAGUUGAUUAUUUCUACCGAGCUGAUGUUCCUCAAAAACAACAAGCGGAUGUCCCGAGCAAGACAUCUUUCAUUGGUUUGAACAGACCCCGUCGGCCCCACAAUGCCAUUUUCGUCACCUACACCGAUCCUGUUGUUCCUACCGAAGCUCUGGAGGCAGCUAAGAUUCAUUGGAAAAAAAUCGGCUCGAGGGAGCAUGAUAAGCAAGCCGAGGAAAAACUACUUGCGAUGUUUGAGAGCCGGCCCAUCUGGUCACGGAAUGCUGUCAAGGCCAACCUUAAUAUCCACCCAGACAAACUCAAAAUGCUCCUGCCUGUCUUGGCGUACUACAUGGUGACAGGACCAUGGAGAACUCUGUGGGUGAAGUUUGGAUAUGACCCUCGAAAGACAGUCGAGGCCAAGAUUUACCAGAUGCUCGACUACAGGAUGCGCUGUAGCACCAAAAAAGCAUAUAAAAUUUCUGAUCUGGUGGUGAAACCCAAGAGGAGUACCCUGAACUACACCCUACCAAUAGCAAUCAACAAGACCGGUCCACCUCCAGCCAGUGUGUCCGAACUUCGAACUCAGGAGACUUCAAGCACCAGUAGAGAUCCAGUCCCAAUCUCUUAUCAGCUAAAGGAUUCAUCCUAUAUUUUCAGAGAGGGCAUGCUUCCUCUCCACCGGCAGAUGUUUUACCAGCUUUGUGACCUGGAUGUACCAAGUAUCCAGGAAGUCAUCAAGCGGAACAGCGGUACUGAGCAAGUGUGCGAUGAGCGCGAUGGCUGGUGUGCUGUGGGCACCACGGACAAGCUGAGGGACAUCAUCUCAGCCAUUGUCAAAAAGGUUAUCAGAGCGCAAAAACCCCCGUUGCAAAAAAGCUCAACGCGACCGAGGCGAACGGGCAGCAGUUCAAAAGAUGAUGGCGAGGAUGACGAAGGCGAUGAUUAUGAGGAUGAAGAGGAGGAGGAGGAUGAUUAUCAGCAAUCAGAGGGAAGCGAAAAUGAGAUGGAGACAGAAAUACUGGAUUAUAUGUAACACAUGAUAAUACCUUACCAUUUAUCUUAUUUUCCUUCUGCUCGAAAUAAAAA